UUGCCGAACAGUAAGUUUUGUUUGUUUCCACUACAGAGCAAGGAGAAUAUACAUGUGGUUUUAUUCUUUGCCGUAAAACAUUCGAAACAAGAAGAAGGACUAGAAAGUUCAUUCUUGAAAGCGACAGCGAACUUCAGCCAUCUCGCCAUUUUUUUUUUGCUUGCUAUUCCGGCCGUCGAUAAUAUCUGUUGGCAGAGAUUCCUUUUUUUGACUUUCACGUCCGCGAGUUUUGGAGACAUGCGUGAGAUAGUGCAUCUGCAGGCGGGCCAGUGUGGGAACCAAGUCGGGGCGAAGUUCUGGGAGGUGAUAUCGGACGAGCAUGGCAUCGACCCGACUGGGACGUACCACGGCGACUCCGACCUGCAGCUGGAGCGCAUCAAUGUCUACUACAACGAGGCCACAGGAGGCAAGUACGUGCCACGAGCGUUGCUGAUAGACCUCGAGCCGGGGACCAUGGACUCGGUCCGCGCCGGGCCGUUCGGCCAGAUCUUCCGGCCGGACAACUUCGUGUUCGGCCAGAGCGGCGCGGGGAACAACUGGGCCAAGGGCCACUACACGGAGGGCGCGGAGCUGGUGGACUCGGUGCUGGAUGUUCUUCGUAAAGAGGCGGAGAGCUGCGACUGCCUUCAGGGCUUCCAGCUGACGCACUCCCUGGGCGGGGGCACAGGUUCCGGCAUGGGCACUCUCCUCAUUUCAAAAAUACGAGAGGAGUACCCAGAUCGAAUGAUGUUGACUUUCAGCAUUGUGCCUUCUCCAAAGGUGUCUGACACGGUGGUAGAGCCAUACAAUGCCACUCUGUCGGUGCACCAGCUUGUGGAGAACACGGAUGAGACAUUCUGCAUCGACAACGAGGCCCUGUACGACAUCUGCUUCCGCACGCUGAAGCUGACGACGCCCACGUACGGCGACCUGAACCACCUGGUGUCGGCCACCAUGUCGGGUGUGACGACGUGCCUGCGCUUCCCCGGCCAGCUGAACGCCGACCUGCGCAAGUUGGCCGUCAACAUGGUGCCGUUCCCCCGUCUGCACUUCUUCAUGCCCGGCUUCGCCCCGCUCACGUCGCGCGGCAGCCAGCAGUACCGCGCCCUCACGGUGCCCGAGCUGACGCAGCAGAUGUUCGAUGCCAAGAACAUGAUGGCCGCCUGCGACCCGCGCCACGGCCGCUACCUCACUGUCGCCGCCAUCUUCCGUGGCCGCAUGUCCAUGAAGGAGGUGGACGAACAGAUGCUGAAUGUGCAGCAGAAAAACAGCAGUUACUUCGUGGAGUGGAUCCCAAACAAUGUGAAGACUGCUGUGUGCGACAUCCCACCCCGUGGCCUCAAGAUGUCUGCCACCUUCAUCGGCAACACCACUGCCAUCAUGGAGUUGUUCAAGCGUGUUGGAGAGCAAUUCAGUGCUAUGUUCAGACGCAAGGCUUUCAUCCACUGGUACACGGGUGAAGGUAUGGACGAGAUGGAAUUCACUGAGGCGGAGUCUAAUAUGAAUGAUCUUGUAAGUGAAUACCAACAGUACCAAGAAGCUACUGCAGAAGAUGAAUUUGCUGAAGAGGAGGAGGAAGUUGAAGCAAUAUAACAAUGAACUUUAUAUUUAAUAACUUGUUAAUUUUAGUACCAAAAUUUUGUUCAUUUUGACCUCAAAAGAUCGCAAUUUUAAUCUUUUGUGUGUUGAUUUUAACAAUUUUGUUUUUGUAUGUAAUAAGUGAAAAACUGUUUCUAACACUUGUAAAUUUGUAACAUGGCGGAGUGAAUAUUAGGUCAGGAAUCGAUUGAAAAUGUUCAAUUACCUUCUACUUUAACAAUUUUUCUUAAAAUAUAAAGAAAAUGAAUGUUAAGAGAUUCCGCAUAAUAGACCCAAACUGUUAGAUUUUGUUGGGUAUUGAUGGAUGUCUGUGAGAGUUGGCUUUUUUUGUGGUCUAAUUUGUCUGAAAACAGGCUGUAACUGGGUUUUUAAGUUUAAUUAAGGCUUACUUUCUUGGUAACUUAAAACCCUUGAAGUUUCAUUUUUGUUUUAUUAAAAGUAUAUUUAAAAAUUAGUUAUAAUGACUGGGACAAAUAUGUUUAAACGAGAACUCUAUUUGUUAUAAUAUUAUGUUGUUUUCGGUGUUAGUAAAUAUAUCCAACCAUAGAGUGAAUAAAUUGCAUGUUUGAUUAGCGUU